AUGGCUCAUUCUCUUGUGGAUUGGAGAUGCAGCGCAUGCUGGCGGACGAACAAGGCCAACACUCAACGCUGCGCACGUUGUGGCAUUUUCUGGACGCAUGGCAACGACCAGACCUAUGUUCCACAGAAGUCAGCGCAUCGCAGCCCAAGGAGAUCGACUCAGUCCUCUGCUUGGAACUAUACAGGAUGGUCUUCACAAGACCAGUGGUCCGAUCAAGCAUGGCAGCAUGGCCAACAGCAGGAGCGGGCAGCACACAACAGACCGAGAGGGAAUACUCCCAGAAAGCAGACACCCAAGGGCAAGAAGAAGCAGAAAAGCAAUACAGACAGCAUGCCGCCUCCAGAACCACCAUGGCAUUCGCAGUAUCGUGGCGAAGCCUUGCCCUCAGGAGCUGGAGCAGAGGGUCAGGCUGCAUCGGAAAACCUGACAAUCUUGGCCACAGCCCUGAAAGAAGCCAACACGCCAAUUCCUGCACGUGUCCAACAUAUCGUGGCGGAGAAUUCGGCACCGGUUCCGACUUCAAAAGGGCUCAAAAAUGCGGUGGACAAGAUGGACAAGGCGAGAAAGAAGCUUCGAGAUGCCCAAGCAGCUCGGUCCAACCUUCAUACCAAUUGGAGGACAUAUAUAGCCGAUUCAUUGAAGCGAUGGACGCAGUUUGCGGAGCAAUUCGGCAAAGACGAUGCCGACCUUGCGGCCAAGGUGAAAGCUGCACAGGACAAACUGCAAAGCACCAAGGAAGAAGUGGAAUCUCGGAAGCAAGCUUUCGAAGAACUGGACGAAGAGUCGCCGGUGGACAUCUCAGACGAGGAGAUGACAGACCGCAUCGACACAGCAGAGAACAUCCAGGCGAGCUUGGCUUCCAUGGUGUCCCAGCUGCACGAUUUGCAGCAGAAGGCAGACGAAGCGAUCAUAGAUGCCAACGAGAACAAGUCCAAACGACCCAGGUUAGAAGAGCCGGGAGAGGAAACAAAAGAAGCUGCACCACCUCCACUUGCUGGUGGCUUAGCCUCUACGGCUAUGGUGCCUUUUGGCAAGCCGGCGUCUUUGUCCUUGCGACCGAAGAGAAGCAAGAUUUCAGGACGACGAGUCCAUUUCCAUGAAUCAGUGGAAUCCUAUGUGGGUAUUUUGGAUCCCCCAGCGACUCUUGUGGAGCAAAGUGAUGAGAUUUUUGAGCACCAAUUUUCAUCAGAGCUAUCCCCGGAUGAGAAGCAUUUUGAGGACGUCUCUUUGAUGUCUGUGGGCAUGCUUACAUCGCCGAGGGCUAUAGCCACUGAGAAUCACGAUGCAGCUGCGGUUUUUGAUGACCACCUAGCUGUUCGUCAAGAAGAAGAUUUUCCACUUCAUCACGCAGAACAUGAUGCAGAACCUGCAGAUGAGGAUAUGAGUUCCUCCAGUGAAUCAGACAGCAGUGAGUUUAGGAGACCAGCUAUGGUUUACUCUCUGGAAUGGGAUCCGAUGCAUUGCAGACCAAGAUGGAGCAGUUACGAGAAGCUCCUCAAGGACAUUGCGGUGCAUUUUGACAUCAGUAUCCAUGAUCUUUCUGCAGUUCAUGCUGUACGACAUCCUCCUGUGGAUCUUUUAAGUUCCCGGAUUCAGCCCUUCAUAGCGCAAAGGCCAGGUGACAUCACGGAGGGCUCAAAUUUCCAACUGAUUCUCCUCGACGUGGAGUUCCACAACGCGUUUCCAUCUCUUGAGCAAGAGACGGUGCGUAGAGUCAGACUGUUACCUAUGACGCUCUCUCGGAAGGCUCUUAUUGCUUUGCUGGGGUUGGAAGCGCAUUGUCGCUAUGUGAAAAAGGCAUGCCUGGUCUGGCACAAUGGAGAACAGGUCAAAGUCCAGGCGCGCUCACUGAUGGAUCUACGGCAUGGGGACUUCAUCAAGGUUGCAGUUCCACCUGGACGAGGGGAACUACGCAAACAUUACACCAGAGAGGUGGCACAAUGUUUCAGACGUGGAUAUCAGCCUUCGAAUAUCCCUGCAGUCCUUGAAGCUCACCCAGACGGGCUCAACGUCAUUGACAUGCCGAUUGCCGACAACUUCAACUAUAUUCCAAGUGCAGCUGACCUGGACUAUGACAGGGUUGGUGAAGAAGAUCGACGUGAGCCCGCAGUUGUGGUCUCAAACAUGACGCCACCAGCUGAAGAAGGACGCCCAGACCUCGACUUUGGCGACACCACCCAGUUUUUGCAGAGUCUUCAUCCAAUCUGGCAACAUUAUGCUGCGGUUGAAAGAGCAGAUGAAGGCAGGGUGCUCUACCUCAGAACAUGGUACACUGACCACUUGAGGCAUCCGCGUUGCGAUGAAGAUCGAGGAGUUCGACUUCUAAACGAUCCAUGGAGAUGGCCGGAAGCGAUAGCAGAACGUUGGGACGAUCUUAUUGAUCCUGACGUGAGGAUUGACCUUCAUUUGGUAAGACCGUCACCAAGAACACGCAGUUGGGAAGAUGCUGAUGCGGUUCCUCACAUCAUUGUUGUUCAACGUCCUCGUGAGGAUUUGCGGAGCAUUCAUGUCACAGUCAUUGAUCCUGCACAUGUCGACACUCCUCUCAAUUCCUUUGUCCUAGCUGGACCAAGAAUCAUCAACAAGAGAUAUUUUCUGGUACUACUAGGCAUUUUGGAUGAGAGCAUCGUAGAGAGUCUUGUCGACUGCAUGGUUUGGCAUGGCGAAAUGCUUUUGGACCACAAUGAUUUUAUUCGUGCACAACAUGGUUUCAGCUUUUUGGUCAUCCUCAACCACUUGCGGGACAUCAUCACCAGGGCUGCAGCGGCGAGUUCGGCAAGUGGUCACAAUGCUCUGAACCUCCUGCAAAUUGAUGCCAGAAGAACCAAAAUCCAGCUGGAUGAUCUCAUCAGUGCCCCCUCGCCUCUGACUCAGCAGACCCUCAUUGCAUUGAGAGUUGUCUGGGGCCUUGAUCCUGGACCACAUCCAGAUUUCGUGGAGGUAUCAGGAGCGGCAACAACCCUUGAAAUUGCAGAAGAAUUUCACAAAUGGGGAAUAUCCUGCCGACCUGUGGCAUGUUUUGAAAGAGACGCAGUGGUUUGCCUGGGGAUGGAUGAGGGACAUCUCCCUCGAGCUUUUCACUAUGUCUUUGUCAACUUGGACCUUGACGACAAGGACUCCAUCUUUUUGCACACUCACCAACAUGUCAUGGAUGAACUCACCAUCAUGAGGCACCUAUAUGGACUGGGUUGCUGGAGAGCGGUUGUGAUUUCUUCGCAAGAACCUUUCUCGCAGAUGUACAAGAUCACUUUCAGAAAUCAACAGGUCACCAUGGCGUGCCCUCCACACAGAGAAAAGUUGCAACCGACUUGGCCACCACCUCAAACUGGAGGAGGAGGAACACAGCGCUUCUUCCAUGGCCAUGCAGACUUUAGUAGUGACACGUUGAUUGACAUCGGCAUCAAACACAAAGAUAUCAACGAUCUCUUUGGUUCUCAUGAUGCCGUCCUCCAACAAGAUUUUGGCAGCCGCCAGCCUCCAGCAGAGAUCUUGGAAGCCAUCACAGCCUGCGAUCCUGGCAUCGCGGACUGUGACUUGGACAGGCUCCUGAUCUAUGCUGAUGGUUCUUCACUUGGAGCGCUCAAACAAGUUCCACCCCUUCGUGCGGAAAUGGAGGGACUUGGCGACACAUGGGCCUAUGUUGUCGUGGGAGAAAGGUACCACCCUCCUGGACUCAAGUUCAUGGGUUGGUCGUCACAAGCUGUACACUAUGAAGAGUCCAGCAAUAUGCAUAUUGGUGCGUCACGACUGGGGGCCGAUAUGGCUGAAAAAGAGGGGCUAGCCUGGGCAGCACUCUGGCGACUCAGUCAGAACUGGAGCAUUGCCACCUGCUUUCGUUCGGAUUCUCGUACGGCACUUGGACAAGCUGAAGGAACAGUUGGCACUACGCAGGUGGACGAGAUCUUUGGCUUCAUGCGUGGUGUUUUCCAGGCAGUUGAAUCCGCGCUGGAGCCCCACAAUGUGGCUUAUUCACAUGUACCUGGACAUGCAGGCGAAGUGUGGAAUGAGCUAUGUCAUGCAGGGAAGAUAGCGUACCUUCGACAACAAGUACGAGCUCUUCAUUUCAACUUCUUGGGCAUUCAAGAGGCGAAGACCCAAGAGACAUGCACCUACGUUGACCACGUUUAUCGCCUGGCCAGCGGAUGUGAACGGCAUCAACAAGAUGCUUGUAAGACUUCACAAAUUGCGGAGGAGUUUGACAACGCCUCCUCAGACCAUGUUGCACCUCUUGUGGAACUGGAAUGGACAGAGACUGUUCAGGUGCAACGACCCAAGAAGCAAAGAUCCCCUGCCUAUGACGCAACACAAAUCUCGGCCACCGUUGUUGCUGAUAUUCUCCAGAAUUAUACACCAGCGGCAUGGCAUACUGAUAUUGAGAGCCAGGUGGACAAUCUCAACGAGGCGAUUCUUCACGGUCUAUGUCAAGCCUGCCCCAAGUCUGACACACAGGCCAAGAAGCCCUACAUGAGUGAGGAGCUAUGGCAGUUGCGCCAGCACAAACUUCAGACGCGCAAGAGGCUGAAAGACAUCAGCCGAAGACAGCGUGAGGAAAGUUUGGUGUGCUUUUUCAGGCUUUGGCAUGCGGUGAAGAAGCAGGACAAGCCAAUCUCUGGCAUUCAAAUGUGGGAGUAUGGCAAUUUCCUCCUCUUGCAGUCCCUCCGAUGUUCGGCAAGAUUGUAUCAUUACACCACCCAGCUUCGAGGGAAGCUCAAGAAUGCCAAGCAGAAUCACAUCAAAGCCAAGAUUGAGAGUCUCCCAGAGGGUGCGUCAGCUGCAACCAUCCUGCACGAAAUGCGCCCCAUACUGGGACCAUCCAAUCUGAAGAAGGUCAAAACGGCCACCUUGCCGUAUGUGAGAAAGGAGAAUGGAGAGAUCUGUACUCUACCGAAUGAGGCAGUUGAUACCUGGCUGACAUUCUUCAGCACGAUGGAAGCAGGAGAACGUCUGCCACUAGACGAACAAAGGGAGCUUUGGAUUCGAAAUCUUGCAGCUCUCCAACAGAGCUCCUUCAUCAUUGAUGGGGAACAUCUUCCACGCUUGCUUGACCUUGAAGCGGCGCUGCGACGUGUGAACCCACAGAAGGCCACAGGGCCUGAUCAUGUGCAUCCUCGUUUUUGCUGUGCAGCUCCACAUCGGCUUGCUCGCAAGCUUUACGGGGCAUUGAUGAAGCUGCUCACACAUGGGCAGGAGUCUCUCUGCCACAAGGGAGGUUUGCUGCACCCAGUGUGGAAAGCCAAAGGAGCGAAAGACUUCUGCACAUCAUUUCGGAGUAUUUUAGUGUCCAGCCACAUUGGCAAAAGUCUUCAUCGCAGCAUUCGCCAACAUCAGACCACCCUCUUCAGUGCCUUCCUUCAGAGAGAACAGAUAGGAGGACGGCCUCGAGCUCCCGUCACUUUGGGAGUGCACAUAGGUCGCGCUUUUCUGAGAGCACGCAAGGCACAAGGGCACAAUGUGGCGAUGCUGUACCUUGACCUCACGGAAGCGUUCUACCGCAUCCUGAGACCUCUUGUGGUUGGCGGUGAGAUUGAGGACGAGCUGGUUCUCUAUGUUGGUGCUCGACUUGGCCUUACGGAGGAUCUUUUGGCAGACCUUCAUCGUCACCUGGCCGAGCCGACAGCGGUAGAAUGUGCCCACCUGCCACGGCAUUUGCAGCUCACUCUGCGGGCGUUGCAUCAAGACACCCACUUUCAUGUCAAGGGGCAGGAAGACAGCUGCAGGACGAGGCUUGGGUCUCGCCCGGGUGACUGUUUUGCGGAUGUCAUCUUUUCAUACCUGUGGUGCCGAAUUUUGACACGCCUUCAAGAUCAGCUCAGCUCCCUGGGCAUCGGCGAGGUCUUUCCCAAGCAGACAGGUUUGGUUUUGAAAGCAGAUGAAGGUGACGGUCCUAUUGAAUACUGCAGUUUUCUCGGUCCAACGUGGAUGGACGAUACAUGCGUCUGCAUCUCAGAUGUAUGCCCGCAGGCCUUGGAGCACAAGAUCACGCAGGCUGCCAGUGAGCUUCUUUCUUUGUGCGACUCUCAUGGGCUUACUCCGAAUCUUUCUCCAGGCAAGACGGAGGCGCUUUUGGUUUUCCAAGGCAAACGCAUCGAACUCUUCAAGACGCUCAUUUUGAGUCGCUUCAGUUUUGGUACGGAGUCCUGGACCUUUGAAGAUUGCAAGAGCAGAGAACAUGUGCAUAAUUCUUUGAUGCGUCUUUUUCGUCGACUUUUGAAAGUUCCACAUGAUGCUCACCUCACCGACGAGGACAUCUUGGUUGGCACUGGACUCAAUAGCCCGACGGAAAUUCUUCGCAUAUCACGACUCCGUUACCUGGGCACGCUGUACAGAUGCGGGGAUUUGGUUCCAUGGGGCCUGCUCAACAGUGACACCGAGUGGAAGAGACUUUUGGCAGAUGAUUUGGAUUGGAUGUGGAUGCAACUUCGUGCGGCCUCCUCAAUGUCUAAUCCUGCUGACAGCAUUGGUCAAUGGGAGUCAUUAUGGCUUUACCACCCGUCCUACUGGAAGAGAUUGGUACGCCGGGCAGGUGAACAUGCCAUCUUGCAACGACAGAGAAGUCAUCGUGUGGGACAGUUCCAUGGGCGCUUUUGUCUCCUUUUUGAACAAGUUCUUCCUGGGCACUUUAAGCAGCACAAAGUUGAACGUUCCCCCAUUGAGACGGAGGAAGUGCACGCAUGCAUGCAAUGUCGGCAGGUCUUUGCCAGCAAAGGAGGACUAGGAGCGCACUGUUUCAAACGACAUGGCACAGUGGCCAAAGUCAGGUUCCUCUUUGACAAGACCAGCUGCGGAGCAUGUCUCAAAGAGUAUCAUACCUUCAGCAAACUUCAAGCACAUCUGAGAAACUCUGGUGCUUGCCGAAGAGCGCUUUGGGGACGGCGACGAUACAAUGGGCCGAGUCAUGGAACAGGCUCCGUGAUUGAUCGUCAGCUUUGCCAGCAGCAUGAUGGCAUCCUUCCGCCACUUCAAGGACACGGCCCCCAUCUUCCAGCCCGGGCGCCGGUCGAGAUCCCGGAGUACGACCUCGAGCUGGCGGAGUGCAUCUACAUGGCCCUUGUGGAGUGCGAGGACAAGAACCUGGUUGAGCAAGUGGUACGGGAGAUCCUAUCCACACGUUCUUCAUCCUGGCGAUCAUGCAGGGCAUCACUUUACUAUAUGCUGGAGGAGCUCACGGCAGAGGACAUCGAGGCCUUGGACCUUGGGGACAUUGACGUGAAGCAGAUCUUAAACUUCCUGGCCACGACUGCGGCCUGGCCUUUUCUUCUGGAGGCCCCCACACAUGCGCGCACAAUUUUGGUAGAAGAGCAGCUGGCCACCUGUGAACUGGCCUCUCAAGAUGGAAUUGCGAAAGCUGGUCGCCAAGAGAAGAUCUGGCCUGUGCCCAGACCGAUGGCGAGAGAAAGGUACAUCAUCCAUGCCUUCUCCGGGAGGCGUAGGAUGGGAGACUUUCAACACUUUGUGGAUGCGGCCAGCCGUCGUCAACCAGAUGCCAUGAUUUUCACCAUCUCUGUUGAUUUGAUGGUGGAUCCAGUGUGGGGCGACGUUUCCAGACCAGAGGUGAGAAGUUUUUGGAUCAGUGCGGUCAAAGACCGUUUUGUGGUUGGAUGCAUGGCUGGGCCACCGUGCGAGACUUGGUCGCAAGCACGUGGCAAACAACCAGCUGCAGAAACUACGAAUGAGGCUUCCAGACGAUCCUGGAAGGGACCGAGAGUGCUUCGCGACUUGGAGGAGAUCUGGGGCAGUGCUCCCAGCCGCAAACCCACGGGGCUGUUGCUCCUCAACAUGACCUCCAUGGUAGCGCAGCUUCGAAGAUGGCAAGUCGCGUCUGACGUCCCAAGAGGGAUCUCCAUCGGCCUCACCAAGGAACUUUGCAAGGCCGCAGCUUACGCUUCUUG